AUGACUGCUCUUCCGUAUGCCACGAUUAAUGAUGCUGUUAAAAUUCUUCAACGACUGGGGACGGGUUCUUACUUAGCAAAAACAGAUAUUAAGUCAGCUUUCAGGAUCAUCCCAGUGAGUCCUCUUGACUAUCCUCUACUCGGCAUAAAAUGGGACAGUCAGUAUUAUUUUGACAGGUGUUUAGCUAUGGGAUUAAAAUCGAGUUGUGCUAUUUUUGAAAAAUUUAGUACUUCCUUAGAGUGGCUAGCAGUCCACCACUUGAAGGUGUCUGCGGUCUUGCAUAUCUUAGACGACUUUUUAUUUAUCGCGCAUAGUCAUGAUAAAUGCAAAGCCGAUCUUUCUAAUUUUUUGAGUAUGUGUGACUUCCUCGGUGUGCCUAUUGCACAUGAGAAAACGUUAGGUCCCCUCACCACUCUUCAGUUUGCGGGAAUUGAAUUAGAUUCUGUAAGGCAAGAAGCCAGGUUGCCUUCAGAAAAGAUUCACAAAUGUCGCGCCCUGCUCCACCAAUUUGCGCAGAAAAGAUCGGUCACAUUGCGCGAACUACAGUCUUUAAUUGGCCUAUUAAACUUCUGUUGUUCCGUGGUCACUCCAGGACGCGCCUUUUUG